GAAGGUUACUGGGGCAACGUCAACAUCCAUCUGGCGUAGCAGACUUUUUCCAUUUACUUGCGAUAAACUAUCGCACGGUUGCUUCGAUCGGAAACUUUGCAGGCAUAUAAAACGAAAAUACCCCAGAGUGAGACCGUGUUCAGUUUUACAUCAUGGCAAGCCAGCGACCUCCGUCCAGCAUGGGCCGCCCAAUGAGCCGCAGUGGACCUGCGGUGCAUGGAGCCGGCAGACCCCCUACAGCUAUCCAACCUCCUCCUACAGCUAUGCGUAUUGCAACUGGGAUGAUUCCAGGUACCAGCGGUCAUCCUGGUUUGAGGGGGGGCAUCCACAUCGCCGCCCCUGGAGUCCUGUCAGCACAGAUCAAAGUGACUGACAGGCCUGUCACCCAACAGGGGCUCAGUGGCAUGAAGACUGGCAUGAAAGGACCUCAGAGACAGAUUUUGGACAAGUCCUACUACCUGGGCCUCCUCAGGAGUAAGAUGAACGAGUUGACCACAGAGACGAGCAAACUACACAAAGAAAUUGAAAACUACAAACAUGAGAACUCUGUCUAUCUCUCCUAUGAGAAGAGAGCUGAAGGCCUGGCUGCAGAGAUCAAGGAUCUGCAAGGUCAGCUGGCUGACUACAAUAUGCUUGUGGACAAGCUCAACACGAGCACAGAGAUGGAGGAAAUGAUCAGUGAUUACAACAUCUUGAAAGCCCAGAACGAGCGGGAGGCAGAAGGCAUUGACAACAUCUUCACUGAGAGGAGAGAGCGAGAGGAGGCAAUCAGGGCCGUUGAGGAGGAGAUCAGGAGGGAGAGGUGGGUUGCUGAUGAAGUUGUCCAAGCAAUGCCAGCAGCAAAGCAAGAAAAGUAUUUCACCAUGACAGCUACCAAUGAGGAACUGCUGCAGGAGCUCACCGUCCUCCAGGAGGAGCUGGACAUCCUGAUAACAAGGAAGGAGGACUAUGAAGCAGAGCUGUCUCACUCAGACAUAAAACAGGAAGUGGUUCGGCUUCAUGAAACCCUGUCAGCGCUGGAGGCAAAACGUGACGCAAUGGAGGCUGAGCAGAAGGGCCUGUGCUCCCCCCAGGAAGAGAGAGAGAGGUUAUUUAAGCAGGUGAAGGAGGACAACCAGGAAAUUGCCAGCAUGGAGAGGCAGCUUACAGAGGUGAGGGACAGGACGAGACAUAUUAGAGAGGAGAUCCGAAACCUGGAGCAGGACUCGGAAGCAGCUCAGGGGGAAUGUCAGCAAAAAUACAAGGAGCUGAAGAGGAAAGAGGAGGAGAUUGACAGGUUCCUGGAGUCGUUUGGUGAGUCCAGGGCUCAGGUGGAGGAGAGGAUGAAGCAGAGCCAGGAGAACAUCAUCUCACUCCUGGAGCACUGCAGCAGGAACAUGUUGCGGCUUCGUCAGGUGGAUACGGUGACAGCCAGCGAGCUGAGGAACAUGCAGGAGGUGCUCGUCAGCAAGGAGACAGAAGUAGUCCAAUCAGAGAGCACCGCCAGAGGACUGACAACAGAGUCCCAGCGCCUGCAGCAGGACUUGGAGAAGGUGCAGCAGCUGGAGGGGAAGAUCACAGGUGAGCUGAGCACCCUGAAGGAGCGUGUCAGCAGCAUGGAGUCUGAGCUGCAUACCUACAGAGACCUGGACACCCUGAGGCGCACAGCUGAGGAGAAGGAGAAGAGACUGCAGGAGGAGAAGGUGUCGCUGACUCAGCGUCGAGAUGCAUUCGGAGAGCUGCUCGAGGAGAUGAACCAGAGAUACGAAGCCCUGAAGACCAAACUGCAAGAAAAUGAGACUCAUGCUCAGCUUGCUAACCUGGAGAGGAAGUGGCAGCACCUGGAGCAGAACAAUUUUGUGAUGAAAGAAUUCAUCGCCUCCAAAUCUCAGGAGAGCGACUAUGCCUCGGUUGCCAAGAACGUCUCCCAACAGGUGGCCGAGUACAACAAGAGCCUCAUAGAGUCGCUGCACAACAAGUUGAACACGUCAGCACGUGCUGUUAGCUUUUAAUAACCGUGACGGUCAGAAACCUUCACCUGCAACCAAAUCAGUCUAAGCCCUUUGGUCUUGAGGGGCUCGGAUCCUCGCUUGUUGCUUUUGUCAGCUGAAGUGUGUGAAGUGCUUACUGUUCUGGACAAAACUCAUUCAUUCAUAUGUGGAGAGAUUCUGCUCGCAGCAGUUUUAUGUAGAGGUGUAAAUGUAACUUUAAAAUGCUUUGCUGAUUUGAAUAAAAACAUUUUGAGAACAAUA